GCUCGAGAGUCUUUUUGUUCAGUGCCCAGUAGGGGUGACACGCAUGCUCCGCGCACCGUAGGAGGGGCUGGGGCGUGGACGGGCAGGGCGGGCCAUGCGGGCGGGCGGCGCCGGACGCCCGUGGCCCGCGGUGGCGCCGCUGGGGGCGUGGCUGUGCGGGGUGUGCGGCGCGGUCCGCCUAGAGGGCAUUCUGCCAGUGGAGCCCGGCAACUUCUCGUCCUUCGUCGGGAAGUUUAGCUUCGACCAGAGCCUGGUGGCCGGCAACGACUCUGUCGAGCUGUCCGGCAAGGUCAAGGUGAGGGUGGCUUUGGAGGGAAGUUGGGCGGACUACACCGGGGAGAUAUACUUCAUGGUCUUCGAUGACGAGGUCCAGCACUGGAACGAAGACCUGAUGGGAAGUGCGAGGUCUCCGCUUGCCUGCCUUCCUCUGCUCGCCGUCUGAUGGCAGUCUGAUGGCAGGGCCUGCUGGGGGCCAGCGAGCGCUGUGUAAUUUCACUUUUCUUUGGUCGUGACACCAGCCUUUCUGACUUUGACGAACACUCUCUCCAGCUACGGACACGCCUUUCCGUUUCCGACUCCCGUCCGAUUCCAGCUCCCAUCUCGCCAACUUGGAU